AGGGAAAAAGAUUUGUUCGUCUCUGCUAAUUGAUUCAAUCAAACCCCAAUGGUUAGACGGAUAGUGGUGACGAUUAAGGUGAUUUGAAAUUCACGGAGCCACAGCGAAAAAUAGGUAUAUUGCGAAUUACUGUUUCAAUUAUUCUUCAUAUGUUAAAUUAAGAACACCAUCGUGAAACCAGGUUUUUCAGCUUCCCGUUCAUUCGCGCGACUUUUGUUGAACGUAUUUUGAACGGCAUGAUCGUUUUCAAAAUCGUUUAACAGGUGCAGAGUGAAGUAUUCAAACAUGAUCGAGUUUUCCAUGUGACAAGUUAUAAUAUCUCCAUGACAUUUAUUAAUAUUGAUAACUUUGUUAGUAUAGUAAGUAAAAAAUGGCGGAAAGAAAGAACGGAAUUACAGCGGUAACAUUUAAAUCAAUCAUCAAGGAUGGGUCGGUUGAAACGAAGACACGAAGUAAAGCGACUAAAAUGCUUUCCAGAGAAUUAGAGUUUUUCGAUGUAGCAAGUAAAACCGAUCAGGAUGGCGAGCUGGAAAAUAAAAUUUUAACUAAGUUACAGGUUAAUCUCAGAGGAUACGGAGACCGGAUUGGACCAGCAAGGGUUUUAGUAUAUGAUGAAACUGAAGAUUCGGAUGAGUACGUUCGAACAACUCCUCCGAACAUUCAGUUGGAUAAAUAUGUGGCAACUCCGGGUGCGCCGAUCAAAUCGCGCAAAGAAUUUGAUAAAAAGGUAUUACGACCGAAGAAACUCGUUUAUAGUGAUAAGGAGAAUGAAGAUUCAAGGAAAUCGGAUCAAAACUGUAACUGCUCAUUUACAAAGUCAACUGGUAAAAAACAAGAAGAUCGCUAUGAUCCUUAUAAUAUGGAUGAAUUCAAAAUAAAACCAAGGCUAAUCGUGCCGAUGACGGACGAAGAAUUUAAUUAUGCGACACCAGAUAAUCGUAACAUCCCAAUGAGCAGUAAAAUUGUGGUAUCCGACAACAAUAAUUACAAUCGAAGUCAGGGGAUCAGAAAGAAACAGUCAACUAGAUCAGCGAAUGAAACCGGAAGAACUAGCAAGUCAACCAUACCGAAAAAUCAUGAUGACAAAGAAAAUAAUCAUGCCAUUCUGAGGAUGCGAAACGAACAGGAAUUAACUAGACAAUCGAUCUUGAACUCGUACGCGAAGAACCGUUGGACUCAUAAUAGAAAUGAUCGAUUCGGUACGUCAUGCUCAGAUAUUAGAGAAGAUUCUGCUAACUCAUUAAAACCAGGUGAAUUCACGCAUUUCCGGAUUUAGUAACAACUAUGAUGCGUGCAGCGAGUACUCAUCUAUUUAUAGUUAACAAACUGUGUAUUAAUUCUCUAUAACUACUUAUUGUUACGGCUAAUGUAUAACAUGUACUACCUAAUAUUUCUUUAAAAACCGCACCGUAUUUCAUCUGAUUAUUCAUCUGCAUUUACAAUUAGCUAUGGUGGCAAUCGUUUCCAAUGACAAUAAAGAAUAAGAGAAAACAAGCAACAAAAAAAAUCUUUCGGGGAGAAUUUACUCUUGUUACGCCCCUGUACUUCUGCUUUACCGAUGGUUAAUUUUAUUUUGUUUCAAAAUAGUUCAUCAGUCGUCGCGCUUUCGUCGCUUUUGCGCUAAAUUCGAUUCAAUUUUUUUCGAAUACGAACAACUGGUGAAAACAAAAAAUCAGGACGUAUUCUGGAAAGAUCUGUAUCGUCAAAAAUCAUAACAUGUUCCGAAACGAAUUUUUAUUGGAUUAGUGAAAAAAAAGACUUACAAUUUUUUCUCUCCGAUCAUUUAUCCUACCAGAUCGUCGUUCAUUCCUCUUUUUAGCGAUUUCAUGAGAUGAAAAAUCAGAUUCUAUUUUUUUGCGUUUUCAAUAACGCAUUGAUCGUCACGUAUUGAGCUACAUACCAUUUUCUUCAUCCACAUAUUUGUUUCCGUUCCU